AUAUUUCGCAAAAAUAUGACACACCGAACGAAGAUAUCUGGCGCGUCGUGCUUGACGCCCGAGUAUUUACUCACAGCGACGUCCCUCUCCCCAUGUUUCUUCGCUGUGGAAUCGAAUCCUUUCCUCGGAGGGGGGUCUCCGAGAGGUGAGAGUGAGCGUAGGGGCAGAUUUUUACAACACGAGAGACACAAGAAGCAAGAACACCACGCCACCGUCGUUGCUGCGUCAGCCGUCUGUCACGAGGAAGUACACACGGGAAACGGUCGCGUUUCCCUUUUUACACGGCACGAGUGUUACACUAAAACAAAAGGGUACAACAGGAAAAAAAGACGAAUAAAAACGAAUAUUGUAAGCGGCCAGGAUCGUCGCGAUGCGGGGGAAGGGUAGCUAUAGAGGGACGACGACGCGGAGAACGGGAAUCAGAGGAUGGGAAGAAUGAAGGAGAACGGGGGAGGACGCAGGGGGGAUGAUCUGGUCAGAGGGAUGGGUAGUAUAUGUGGGAUGGAGUGUGAGGGGAGAGACAGACUUUCCCCUCUCGGCACCUAGUCGAUACGCAGAGGCCGAAUUCGCACGAAAUUCAGCAGAAAAUGGCCGUAUUGAAUACGGAACAUCACGAACGUUAGUUAACUAAUUCAAAAAAUUUAUUAUAAAAUCACCUUACCAUUUAGUACUUAGCAGCUUGUGCUCGCCUGGUCAAGAUUUUCACGAAGCCGAGAAUCUCCGAAAAAGAUUCCCCGCUCUAUGUGUGUGCCGUUGACACCUGUCCCUCAAGUCGGUGCCCCCACCCCAUCCGUCCGCCCUCUACUGUGCCAGCCUCUUAACUAUUUUUUCUCUCUCCCGGUCCUCCUCGCAACCGCGCUGGCGAAAAUGCCCGAAUCCAUCGGGGUUUUAACUUCGAAUUGCUCUCGGCGACUUGCCAUUAUUUUCUCUCUCUCAGUGCAUAAGAGUAAGAAGAAGUCAGAGAUAUAGCCACGGGCUUGAAAAUAUCACCAAUCAGAAGGAGUAAAGUAUAAAACGAAAUUUAACGAGUUAUAUAUCAUAAUAUAUAAUCAUAUAAUUUUAUAUUUUUGUUAAAUUAACAAUUAAUUAUUAAUCCCUAACAAUAAUAUUUAUUGUAGAAUAUAAAAUAACAUAUGAAAAUUUUCAAUUAAGUACAAAAUAAGAAAAUUAUUGUAAUGAAUAAUUUAUUUGUAAAUGAAUAGAAGAUUUUAUUAAUAAAAUUGGAAUUUAAUAUAUAGUAA